AUGCCGUAUCCUGGCACCGCCACGCCAGGAGAAGGAGAGACAGAGACCAUCGCCCCUCUACUACCAUCCGCCAACGUACACUCGUCUCAAAGGCUCCGAGAAACGCAGCUUGAACGCGUCUCUGAUCAAGGUCAUGCCGGUGCACAGGUUGGCCUCAGCAUCGUACAGGCGCAACAAGACGCUUCGUCCUCUUCCAAGCUUCGCAUCCCACCCACACAAGAUGAAGCGUCACGGACCAAAAAGCUCAUACCACCCAAAGGGUGGCUGCAUUUUGUCGCAGGAGGCGCGGGUGGCAUGUGUGGUGCUAUCAUCACGUCGCCACUCGACGUAGUCAAGACUCGACUGCAGUCGGAUCUGUACCGUCAAAAUUCGGCUCACAAACACACGGCCUCGACAGCAAUCGCACCGACAGCCACAUCUAAACCAGGCAUUUUUCAAAGCGCUCGUCGGCUGGCUUAUCACUUUGUCGAGACAGGUUACCUGCUCAAGGAAAUCAGCACCACCGAAGGUCCACGUGCGCUGUUCCGUGGCUUAGGUCCCACACUGGUAGGCGUCAUUCCAGCUCGUUCCAUCAACUUUUACACGUACGGCAACGGCAAAACGCUCAUAGCCGAGCGCUUCAACGGCGGAAAAGAGACUUCCCUGGUGCAUCUCAGCGCAGCCGCCUUGGCUGGCCUGGUCACCGCUACAGCGACCAACCCCAUUUGGGUCGUCAAGACCCGAUUGCAACUCGAUUCGCGACGCAACGAGCGGGUAGCAUCAGCCUCUUGCACAAGACCGAGUGCAGGCUCAGUUUCAGGCUCAGGAUCAGGUGCACCACCAGCCGCCACGAGACCGAGCGUCGUCCACUUCUCCACGCUCUCGGCGGUAGUACGAUCCAAAAAGACGCUUGGUAAUUUCGGCGAACCGGCGUUUUUCCACGCAUCCAAAGCGAGCGCUGGCUCUAGCAUGAAUUCCAUGCAGAUGACGCUGCACAUUGUUCGCAAGGAAGGCAUCAAAGGUUUGUACAAAGGAAUGAGCGCCAGCUAUCUGGGUGUUGCCGAGGGCACGAUUCAGUGGGUGCUGUACGAAAGGUUAAAAACCAUGGGCCUUGACAAGCAAUCAUACGGCGAUGCGGAUCGAGUGCGUCAAAAUAGGACAAACAAGCUGUCGAGCAUGGUGGGCGCAGCCGGCUUAGCCAAGUUCGUAGCCAGUCUAGCAACCUAUCCACACGAAGUGGUCAGGACGCGAUUACGACAGCAGCCCGAACCAGGACAGAAUCCCAAAUACACCGGCCUCCUACAGACCGUCAAACUCGUCUACAAGGAAGAAGGCUUCGCAAAACUCUACGGCGGUCUCAGCGCGCAUUUGCUACGCGUCGUGCCCAACGCCGUCGUCAUGUUUAGCAUCUACGAGCUCACCCUACGACUCGCCACAAGCGUCGAGUAA